CAACGUCACUAUUUUUGUAACAGUCUCGUAUUAACAUCGAAAAUUUACAGGAGGGAAGAGAAGAGAGAGAGAAAGAGAGAGAGAGAGAGGGAUCUGUUCGAACUUCGAACAAACACACACGCAUCGUCCACCGAGCGGGAUCUUCUCUCCGAUCAGAUCGGGCCCAAUUAGGGUUUUGUCUUUCCCAAAUUUUGAAUUUUUCCAAUAUUAUUUCACUACGAAUCCAAGCCUCGGUUGAUAUACUGGUAAAUCAGAUUAUUUUGCAUUCUUUUCGUUCGCGAUCUGAAUUGGAUUGCGAUAUCUAGGGCUUGUUGAUAGGGUUUUAGUCGGCGAUUUGCUAAGUUCCAGGAUUGAUUUGUCGAGUUCGUCCAAGUUGAUGAUUUUGGGGAGCAUUUGAGGGUUUGAUUCGCAUGCAUUUCGAUGGCGUCGGCUCAGGUGUUGCCCAAUACCGCGGCGUCUUCCACGAGGAAGCAGGAGCAUUUGGAAGCUGGAAAGCGGCGGCUGGAAGAGUUCCGUAAGAAGAAAGCUGCGGAUCGAGCCAAGAAGGCUGCGCCAGCAAGUCACCUUCAUGGUGCUAAUGUUGAUCAUCAACAUGAGAAGCAACCUUUAGAAAAUCAACAUGUAAGACUUACGGAUUCAAAUGGAGCUGGUCCUUCUGAUGGAGUUAGUGAAACAGUUGUUGAACCAUGUAAAGAAGUUACUGAUGAUGGAAACAAAGAGAAUAUGUUUGUGCUGAACAAUGAGCUAGGCUCUAAUGACAAAUAUGCUAAACCACCUUUGCCUAGAAACUAUUAUAAUGCAUUUUCUGAAGAUAUUGCGCAGGCACCCCCAAAGGAUCAAGAGUUUGAUAGGUAUAAUGCAUCACACUCUGCUGGAUCGGUAAAUGUGAAAUAUAGUCAUCAGCCACAAGGGAAGAGUGAUGACUUCAGCAUUUCUGCUAGAGCCUCUGGAAGACAUGCGUAUGGGAUUGCUAAUAGUAACGAGCAAUCUGUUGGUUUUGGUUCUCAAGUGAUCCGGGAAAGUGAUCAUGAUUCCAGUCAAACCAGUCAUUAUGGGUCGGAGGAAGCCCAUUCUGCUUUAUCAGAUGCUUUUGCUUCUGAUUUAUCUUCUGCUUAUUCUGGUGGUUUCCCAGUGCAAAACAAAAGUGCACAGACAAGUGGCCUGAUGUCCUCCAUAGAUGAAGAUUCUGUUCGCCCUCCCAUGAAGACCACAAUGUCUUCUUUUGGAGUAGGGAAAAACUUGCAUGCUGCUGGGGCAUCUAAUGACUCUCUGACUUUCGAUACGGGGGAAAGAAAGCUUGGGAAUUCUGUUGGCCAUUUUCCUAGUGGUAACAGCCAACCAUUUUGGACAUCUGAAUCUCCAUCUACGCCUUUCAAUUUUGGUGCCGCUAGUUCAUAUAAUAAUGGACCAUUGGAUCCAGCUGUAUCUGAACCUGCUAGUAGGAGAUCUCGUCCAUCUUUCCUUGAUUCUAUUAACAUGACAAGAGUACCACUUACUGAACCAGGGACGGUUGAACCAAAUAGUUCCGAAGUUAAUGACAUGGAUGCUGUGACAUCAUCUUAUUCUCAGACGCCAAAUACUGAUCCUGAAACCACUCUAUCUUUUUCAAAGAUGAGGGCUUCAAAUGUACCUAAUGCAUUUGAGCAUUCUAUGACCUCAUCAAUUUCUGCUGGAAAUGGGGGUGACUUUUACAGGCAUGCUGUCCAUGAGACCAGCAUGGAAAGGAAACGUGACUCUUAUUCACAAAAACAGGACGACGACUUUGCUGCUUUGGAACAGCAUAUUGAAGAUUUGACGCAAGAAAAAUUCUCAUUGCAGCGAGCUCUUGAGGCUUCACGAACUUUGUCAGAUUCUUUAGCUGCCGAAAAUUCAACACUCACUGAUAGUUAUAAUCAGCAGGGAAGUGUUGUCCAUAACCUGAAAUCUGACAUGGAAAUGUUACAGGAGGAAAUCAAGGCCCAAUUGUUGGAACUUGACUCUUUAAAAAUGGAAUAUGCAAAUGCUCAACUAGAAUGUAAUGCAGCUGAUGAACGUGCCAAGUUGUUGGCUUCUGAAGUUAUUGGCUUGGAAGAGAAGGCACUCAGACUCAGGUCUAGUGAGCUAAAACUGGAAAGGCAAUUGGAGAACUCGCAAGCUGAAAUUUCUUCGCUCAAGAGGAAAAUGUCAAGCAUUGAGAAAGAGCGUCAAGAUUUGCAGUCGACCAUUAAUGCUCUGGUUGAAGAGAAAAAGCUGUUGCAAUCUAAGCUACGCAAAGCUUCUUCAAAUGUAUCCGUUGGUGUUAGCAAAAAUCAUGCUGACCGAAAAGAUGUUUCAACUUCUACAGAGGAUUUAGUUGAUGAGGCUGAUACGGAAACUGCAGAGGUCUCAAACCUGGAAAUGGACAGCACAGCACCACAUCUGCGAAGUGAUGCAUCCGGUUCUUUCUUGCUUCCUGAAGGAGGACAGUUCGAUCUUCAAGUUUCGUAUUUAAAUAUUCCUCCUGAUCAGACAAGAACAAUCCAUAACAUUAACACAUUAAUUUCCGAGUUAGCAUUGGAGAAGGAAGAGUUGAUGAAGGCAUUGAUGGCUGAAUCAUCUGAAAGUUCGAAGCUGAAGGAUUUAAACACAGAGUUAUCCCGAAAACUUGAAGCCCAAACACAAAGAUUAGAGCUUUUGACUGCUCAAAGUAUGGCAAAGGCAAAUGUUCCAAUGAGACUACCUGAUCCUCGCAGCUUGGACGACAACACUCCAUUUGCAGAUGAAGGCGAUGAGGUGGUGGAAAGGGUUUUGGGUUGGAUAAUGAAGCUAUUUCCAGGCGGGCCAUCUAGGCGGCGACCCAGCAAGCUUCUUUGAUUUACGAGUCAAUACAGCUCUCCGAUGAAAAAGUUUGUUUGCAGAUCCCAACCCACCCUUAUUUUUGGUGGUACACAGAAGGUCGCAAUCUGUAUAUCGCGAGUCAAUUAUCCAUUCUUUUUGAUAGAGGAAAAUGAGUUGUUUUUUGAGAGGCCUUAUUGUCGUCAAUUUGGAGGAUGCAAUUGUCAUCUCUCAUCUGUGGAAAUAAUGGCUCCCUGUCGCUUUUAGCAGUAACUGGGGAGUUUGUACUUUUAGUGAUUUUUUUUUUCUUUUUCACAUGAGGAAAGUUACCAGAAAGAGAGGAAGAAAGAGAACACAUUUGGUGCAAUUGGACAUUAGACUGUAAUUUGUUUGUUAUAUAGGUUUUGUCAUUUAUUUGUGUGUUGUAAAGGUUGGGGCUUAGGCCCAAUACAUGCAAGAAAUGGUUAUGGCAAUUUAACCUGUAAACAUCUAUUCUAUUAUUCUUAUCCAGGAGAAACCCUUUUCUUUUU